AUUUUGGAGAUGAAAUUGGAGGUUUUUUGGAUGGAGAAGGAGGGAUUUGGGAGUUGGAGAUUGGGGUUCUUCGUCAGAUCUUGCCAGGAAUGCGAGAUCAGAGAUUGAGAUUUUAUCAACAGAAGUGUGAUAAGUUUGAAAAUAUUUUACCACCAUAUACAACAUGCUUCUAUGCUGGGGAUGAAGCUUGCCAGCCACACCGAUUGACGAUAGAGGUUCCUGACAAAGGUGCUCUUGGGUCCUAUGGACUUGAUGAUGUGAGAAAUUACACAUCUAUACACUUAACAAAAAUGCCUGAGGUUCAUCAAUUUCAAUAUGAAGCUUCAGAGGAGGACCUCAAAUAUGCUUUACUACAUGGUUCCCAAGGCUUUCGACAACAUAUGAUAGAUCGAGGGGAUAAAUUAAUCACUGGUCAUGAAUAUGAGGAAGCCCAACAAUGAAACUCAUCAAGUGAAGCCUUUGGUAGUGAGCAUGAGGAGGAGAUACAUUUACAUGAUGAAUUGUUUGUUGCACACAAUGAUUCAAUUGUUAUUCCUGAACCUCGGUUGGAAAUCAUAUUGAAUUUCAACAAAUGGGAGACAAAAAUGAUGAGGAGGGUGUUCAAUAUGAUGAGCAAUCCACACCCACAAGUAGAGUAGUGCCUUCUAGAAAGAGGACAUAAAGGAAAAGGACAUGGAUAGAAACAACCUGAAAUAACAUGCAGUUGCAGGACAAGCAAAGAACUGUUAAUCACUGUCAUAGUCUACAGUUAUUAUAUUAUCUUUAGUUAGUCUUCUGUUAGUUACAAUAGUUCACCUUGGAUUAUCAUAUAUCAUACAACGAAUACCUUCAAUUAGUUUGUUUAGACACAGUCUUGAUUUGCAUUAGUUAAAGUCAAAUAAAGCAUCAUAAGUUAUUUCAGUCUUACAUUGGAUAAAUAAGAUGUUAGUUUUCAGUUAUCUUUGCUUUGUAUAUUCCCUCAAAUAAAGCAAAUUGUGCAUGCAAAGUCUUUCUGCAGUUUUUUGUCCAUGUCAUUGGGCAGUUAAGGUGCUGUAACAAAAUCACAACAAUAUGUUGUAGACUUUAUUAAAGAUUUGGUUUUGAUUGUA